CCCACUUACACCACUCAGAGAGACACACGGAGAGACACAGGCCCCCUCCCUCCUGAGUGUGUCACGCCCCAUAUGUGAAAGCCCGCUUGGUUAAGAACCUGACGGCAGCAUUCCGCUGCUGCCGCGAUAGUUUGUCCAGCCACAUCUCCAUGUUAGCCAAAAUCCUGCUCUCACCCUCCACACCCACACCCACACCACCACCACCACCAUACGCCCUUCCCUCUCUCCCCCUCUCUCUCCAGUCGGGCACAUGUAUCGCUCCGAGGCUGCCCGUCAUCUUGGCCUCUUCCAGCGCAGAGAAGGCCAUCCUUGUGGUCAGAGAGGGGGUCGACGAGCGGCGUCUCGAUGCCGACGAGAACGAGGGCGAGAACGUGGCCGUGAGGUCCGUGUGUUUGCUCGUGGCGUCGCUCUUGAGUGUCGUCGCGCUGAAUAGCCGAUCUCUCUCUUUGUCUUUGCUCCCCCUCUGCUGGUGGUGGUGGUGGUGGUGUGGGGGAGACAGCACAUGAUCCCCUUCAGACGUCGUUCCCUUGUUGAGAUUUCGUGUCUUCCCUGCAGUGGUUGGCCGGCUGAGCACGGCCCCUGUGGGCGAAUCAGAGGUCACCACAGCCGAUGUGCACAUGGGCGAGUCGGCGAGCUUCUUGCCAACCGGACAGGUGGGCGGGGAGGACGUUGCCAUCGCCAUUGCCGAUGGCUGCUGCUGCUGCUGCUGCUGCCUCUUGUGUGCGGAGGCAGAGAGGCGUCUGCGUGCGGAUGAUCGGCGAGACAUUGACAGGGAUCGUCUGCGCAUUGUUGGGCUGUUGCUGUGGUGAGGGUUUGGGGACCACCCCAGCAGCCGAGUCCGCCUCUCCCUCUUUCUGCUGGACGGCCGACGCAUUUGCAUGUCUCGCUGCACACAUACACAUACAGGGACACACAAACAAGGAGUGACUUGCCUGAUCGAUCACGUGCAGGCCCACACGCAUCGAUCCAUUGUCACCUACCUGAGCAGCAGCAAACGAGGACUGGGCAACAGAUGCGGAGGCGGCUGGGUCGCCGAACGACGGCAAAGUGGUAGCUCUUCUGUCGGCGGCGGCAUGAUGGCUCCUCUCCUGACUGCUGCCUCUCCGGCCCGUUGACGACCGCCUCCGCUUGGCUGACUUCCUGCGAGACGCUGGGGGGCUCCUGAGUCUGUCGAACAGGGCAGCUCUGAAGUAGUCGUACUCGGUGGAUGGCUGCUGGUGGUGGUCCCGGUGGUGGUGGGUGUUGGUGUCAGGAGAGGAGGGGGCUGAUAUCAGGGGCGGUGUGGCGGACACCUGGAUGAAUCGAAGAUCGGAGGCGUCUUUGUGUCUCGGUGUGCCUCUCUCUCUCCCCUUGUGCGUGUCUGUGUGUGUACCCUUGGCAGUGCAUCAGAUGCGCGUGAAGACCUCUUGCCGAUGGUGGGUGUCCGUCUGGCCGGGGGAUCGUUCGGCACAGCAUAGAACGAAGGCAGCGACGCACACACAUCGCCGGGCGAGUCCGUUGCCCCCCGGGCUUUCGCCCCUCCGCCUCCUCCCUUCUUGACCAGCUUCUCAAGCAUCGGCGCAGGGACGAUGUAGAACCGAUGAGAAGCGCUCAUGUGGCCCGAUGACGGCCGGGAGAGGGCUCUCGAUCGGGCGGUAGCUGUGGGGGUGGUCUCCGGGUCAGAGACAGCCUUGUUCUCUAUCUCCUUGUGCUCGUGGAUGACCUCUGUAAGCGCCUUCUGCACGGCCUGCUCCACCACACGGCGCGCGACGGCAUCCACGGCAAUCUCCCUGUCGUCUUUCUCUGGCACCGUCACCGUCUGCACUCUGCGAUUCCUCAGCCUCGUUACAGGCACGUGUACCGGCGGGGCAGUGCCCCAGCUGCUGAUCAGCCGUGAUGCGGGGCCGUCACGAGACGCAUGGACGGGUGGAGGGAGAGGGGUGGGGGUCGCCAUGGACAUCGACAUAGGGGCCCAGCGCUUCACUGGGGGAGGGGUGGUGCGCUCAGGGGCCGAGAAUCGACGUAGGUGUGUGGCUGCCUCUUUUUCAGCGGUAGCAGCAGCAGGUCGUGGUGGUGGUCUCUUUCUGGCGGAUGUUUUGCGUGUUGGGGGGCUUCGCUGGCCGCCGUGCGAUGACUUUCUUCUCAUGGAUGUGGUGUAGGGACUGGUCUGCACGCCCGUACAGACCGACUGCCGCCGUCCUUCCCAUGAAUGCUUGUUUCGUUGCUGGUGGUGGUGGUGGUGCUUGGACGAUGAGAGAAGGGAUGGGAGGGCAAAGCCGCCGUCGCCAUCAUGGAUGCCCGUCUCGAUGGCGGGGAGCACCCUCCUGUUGGACAUGAGUGGUCUCAUACAUUCAAAGACAGAGAGAGGGAAGGCGCAGCACCCACCUGUGUUCGGCAAUGGUGGGAAGUGACGAUCGCACAGGUGUCCGCACAGGUGUCCUGCGUGCACAUGGGGGGAGGGUGGCGUCCCUCUCAGCAGCUCCCUCUACCGACUCGAUGCCGAUGCAGGAUGCAUAAGGGGAGGGGUACCGCGUCAGCUCGAAGCCAGAGGCAGACUCCCCCACCGCACCCCCCACUGAUGUGAGCGGCAUCACGGGCAGACAGCACGGCUCCACCUUCACCAUCUCUGUCUCCGUGGCCACCACAUUCACACCAGCGGAGACGGGUGUCUCCGUGUCCGGCGGGAGGGAGGAAGACUGGCUCGCGUGAUCCUCACAAGCCAAUGCAGACGCACCAUCGCCAUGUGCAGCUGGGGCAGCUGCUGAUGCCGACAUUGCCGGAGCCUCAAUCAUUUGUGGAGCCGUCUUGGAUCUGCGAAACGCCUCCUUUUCUUUCGGUCCUUUCCCUCGGGGUAGGGGGCUGUCAGUGAUGCCUGUGAGUGCUCUGCGAUACUUCUCCAGCCUGCUGAGGGGGUCUGGUGGGAUCAUGGCGAAUGGAUCGGGCCGGGCACGUGAAGCAGGUGCGAUGGGAGUGUGGCUGUGGUCCUUAUCGACGGCUGGCGGGCAGGGAGAGGGAGAGGGGGAGGGAGACGGGGAGGGGGAGGGCCCAUCGCUGUUGCUGCUGGCGAUAGAGUCGUGCAGCUUGAGGUACUCUCGCACGGGCAUCGUGUAGCUUGCCGGCAACAGACCGAACACCUUUAGACAAGACAGACAUUCAAACACACACGCCGCCACUGCAAAUGUGAUCAACAUGCACACGUACCUGCCCGCCUCUCUCCUUCCCGGCCUCGUCUGCCUCAUCGGAUGUCCCAUCAUUGUAAGGCGCAGCGUACAGCCACCCAUCGCUCGACUCCCCCAGCACCUCCAAAAUCUGCAUCAAUUGAGGCCAACCGUAGCGCAAAUGGAAAAGGCUCGACAAUGCUGCACCAUGGUGCCGUCCUGACCCACCCAUGAUGCACUCACCUGGCCCUCGGUGACCUUCAGCGGCUUCCAGGAGUGGGUGGGCCAAGCUAACUCGAGGUCGGGCGGCGGAAAGUCGAAGAGAGCUACCAGCAGGGUCUCCGACUGCGCAACCGACUGCACCGUUGCCAUCCUCCCAGCAUACG